CUGGCGGUGUGCGCCGGGUCCCAGCAUGCAUCCAUCUCCAGUGAGAGUCAUGGCGUCUCGUUUGCUGCUGCUUCGCUUCCCGUGGCCGGCGCGACCGCUCCGCAGGUGCAGGGAGCUGCUGCAGCAACUGCAGCGGAGCUGGAAUGGCGUUGCCAGUCCUCAGUGGGCACCAGCAUUAGCAGUCCAGGGCCCAUCUGUAUUCACAGAACUAGCACAUGAGACCAAUGGAAAUAAAGAGAAUUCCAGCUUUUUAGAUAGUAUCUUUUGGAUGGCAGCUCCCAAAAACAGACGCACCAUUGAAGUUAACCUGUGUAGGAGAAGAGACCCCCGGAAGCUUAUUAAAGCUAAGAACAAUAUAGACAUUUGCCCUGAGUGUGGUCACCUGAAGCAGAAACAUGUCCUUUGUGGCUAUUGCUAUGAGAAAGUACGCAAGGAAACAACAAAAAUCAGACAACAAAUAUGGGCUCAAGAAGGGAACCCCUUUAAAGCUCCUACUGUAGAGACUGUGGUACUGUACACAGGAGAGAAACCAUCAGAACAGGAUCAGGGCAAGAGGAUUGUGGAACGAAACAUGAAGAGGCCAUCUUGGUUCACCCAGAAUUGACACUGAAGAAGUUAAAAGGAUAAUUUCAUAGUAAGGAAAGUUUCAUACUAAGUCUCUAAAAUCAGGAGUCUUUGUUUUCAUAUUGUGCCUGUUUUCAUGUCAUUGUAUUUUAAAAUGGACUUUAUCAGCUGUUAGUUUUAAAUGAGAAGAGUGUAUCUUGAAUAAACUCAACAUAUUUAUGCAAA